AAAUAGAAAAAAAUAUCCUCAGACGUCCGGAGUGUGUUUCAGACGUCAGAAAUGACCUGAAAAACAGCAAGCGAACACGUGUGAAGUUUAUUUCUCCUUCUGGUUAACCUAAGUCGCUUUAUGUGGCUGACUGAAUUUGGAAGUCCAUCUCAGGCUUGAGCAUCAGAAAGUCUACAGACAGGAAAACUACUCAAGCAGUUCUUACCAAUGGAGCCCCGACUGACAGAGAGUCUGAAGGCUGUGUUCAUCUUGAUCAUCCUCAUCUCCAAAGGUUCAAGUGAAAAUGAUCAGGAAUUGAAAUUUUGUGGCACCUGGAGCCACGUUAAGGGCUCCCUGUCCCUGAACGUCAAACUCUCCCCAGGCUGUAAUGGACUCUCAGUCUCAGCCAAUAAGAGCUUUCUGUCCAUCGAAGGGCAGAUCACAGCUCAGUGCGCGCGGUCUGAGGUGAUUCGCCUCUAUGGACUUGAUUCAGAGGGGCAAAGUAAAUUCUGUCUGCACUGGGAACCAUUGCUGGACCAGUUGAAGCUGCAGGUUGGAGGAAAGAACCUUACUCUGUGCUGGCCUGCCGGCCUACAGGGCUCCUGCUGUACUGAUCUGUCUCUUGGCCCCAACGAACCCGAAGCACUCUAUGGCAUCACCGGUGGCUCAAUCAGUACAGAUGUCAUCACCCAUAAAACACACACAGGCUUCAAGUUCAAUGGAACGUCCAUCGAGUGCAAGGAGUUAUGUAAGCAAGCGAGCCGUGGAUCCACCCAAGUCAUCAUGUCUGAAGACACCACAGGGAGUGCUCAAUAUGCCUGCGCCCCCAUGUUUGAGGUGGAUAUGAAGGAGGAUUCCAGAGGCUACAACGUCACAUCACCUGCUACUAAAGGUGUAUCUGAAAAGUCCACCACCACUGUCUAUCUCCCUCCUGCUCUAGAACAAGCUGCAAAAAACACAAGCAAAGUAGUCUGCACAUUCUUCAAAAGCAACUCCCUGUUCCAGGGGGGUCAGAAGAAGAACAGGAUUCUCAGUGAUGUGGUGGGAAUCACUGUGGAGAACGAGAUCAUCACUGAUCUGUCUGAGCCGAUCAAGAUUGGCUUUCACCAUGAUGCCAUACCUAAAAUGUAUUCGAGGAAAUGUGUUUCAUGGGACACAAGGACAGAUCCAUUGCAGGUCAGUUGGUUGGCAGAUGGAUGUGAAACACAACAGAUAGGAGAGGAGCACACAGAGUGCCUCUGUAACCAUCUGACUUACUUCUCUGUGCUGGUGCAACUGGAGCCUCGACCAGUGCGCCACCUCCUGGCUCUGACCACCAUUACAUCUAUGGGCUGCCUUGUGUCUGUGAUCAGCUGUGUCGCUCUCAUCAUCUUCCUCUGCAGGAAGAGAUCUAAGGAGCAGUCCAAACCCAUCCACCUGGGCUUAGCUGUGUCUCUCGCCCUUCUCAAUCUGCUCUUCUUCUUCACUGCGGUCCUGGCCAACGUCGGAGGAGAACAUUUGUGCACCUGGGUGGGGGCACUCCUCCACUACACCCUGCUCAGCUCCUUUGCUUGGAUGGGCAUAGAAGUUUUCCACACCUUCUGGUUGGUGUACAUUAUUUUCAGCCCCUCACCAAAGCCCUAUGUGUGGAACCUGGCCGGCUUCGUUCUCCCUGCUCUUCCUGUGAUCAUCCUGGCUGCAAUAGGUGAUAUUUAUGGACUGAGAGAGGUCGUGCCAAGUGACGAUGCGUCCAACCCUUAUCUGAUGUGCUGGAUGAAAAACACAGAAAAGGCCUGGCUGGGGCACUAUUUCACCACCAUGACGUUUCUGGUCAUCCUGGUGUUCUCGGGCAUCGUGAUGCUCCUCCUGGUCUACUGGCAGAUCCGCACCAGGGACGCAUGGAAGCAGAAUCGUGUGGCUUUUCUCAGCAUCUGGGGACUCAGCUGCCUCUUUGGAACAACUUGGGGUCUGACCUUCCUGGACUUUGGACCCUUCUCUGACUUCAUUCUUUUCCUCUCCUGCAUCCUCAACUCUUUUCAAGGCUUCCUCAUAAUGCUGCGGUUCUACAUGCUGAAGUGGAUGCAGAAACAAACUGGUGGCUCUCCUUUCGGCAGCAACAGCACUGGAUCUACCAGGCAACACAUGCUACAGGCCCAGGAGAAGAGUUAAAUGGACUGAAAAGGGUGUGGUACAUAAAAAGUGGAAAAAUCUGCAGCAGACGACCUCUUUACUACAGCCUGAGACAUUGUAGAUUCACUCUUUCUUUAGUUGAAAUUCUGUCAGUAACCGCUUGGAAACUGGUGCAUUAAACGUAACUGAAGAGUGAAUUUCAAAGUGACCCCAGCAAGCUGUGAAAAAAACUCAGCACACAUCAUUCUUCUGGUAUCCUUUGGUAUUAAACAUCACAGACCAGCUGAAUUGGUAAACACAAGCGCACUGACAGUCAGGUCAGCACUUCUAUCACUAGACAUUAGCAGCAGUUUAUCAAGUUAAAUGCUCUUAAAAUACUCUAUCAGCCUUUCUGGAGGGAUCAAAUUGUGUUUGAUGAUCAUCUCAUGAAGUGAAGAGUUGUUCAGAUGCAUUGUGUAAAUAAUUACUUUUAUUUAAAGCUACAGUAUGCAAGUUCUGGAAAUCAAGCCAGUGCUAGCCCGAGACUCAGCUAAUGCAGGAGCUUUCUGGCCUGUGAGUCCCCUUCAACAAUGUCUCCCAGCAGCUAAUAAUGGCUUCUCGGACUGGUUUUAAGUGGGAGUCUCACUCUGUAAGGGAAUAUCUCUGCACUGCUGCCAGGCUGUCCCAUAAUCUGGUCACAGAAAGCUGUGACAGCACCUCCACAUUAAGCUUGGAAGCAUAUUUCAAUUAAAAAUACUGGGGGAAAAAAAGUUGCAUACUGAAGCUGUAAUUUUAGCUACAUAUGAGCUCUCACAGUUAUAAAACAAAUGGAUGGAGAUUAGUUAAAUAUAAUUAGAACAGCUGGAAGAAUUUUAACCCCAUCCACACGUCAGUCAAAACAGGUUAAAAAAAAUUACUUGAUUUCUUGGUUCUUCUUCUCUGGGGCAGUGGAGAGGAACUGAUAAAAUUACUCAGGAACUGAUGAUACAGGCCUGGAGCCUGUAUCUGUAGACUAAAACCUAGACUGGCUCUAGUUAUAGAAGGGAACAAAUUUAAAGUUAAGCUUCAUUUCCAGAUAGGGAAACUUGGGGAAGUUGAAUGAUUCCAUAUUACUGUGCUGUCCAUAUUACUGUGAUUUGCAUUAUUAUUUCUAUUAAGAAAAACUAUAUAUAAUUAUUGAAGCUCUCCUUUGAACCUUAGAUAAGCUUUUUAUUUUAAAUUUUGUAGAGUAUGCUUUUAUUUUAUGGCUAAGUCUUUUACAGUAGCACUUUCUGUCUUUAAGAUGUACUUAUAGAACCUCAGUGAUUUCUUUUGUUUUGACUUUUGUAUUGUUCCAAUAUGCAUAAGAGAAGAUAUUUUUAGAUAUUUCAUUUACAGUAUAAAUAAAAUAAUGUUUUAUGAUGGAAGACAUCAGAAUGGCUCCAUAGUUUCUCGGUACUGUAUUUUUUUUACCUUCAAUUAAAAUUUACUUUAACUAUGAUGAUUAUCAGGUCUUCAUCUUCAAAAUGGACCAAAUACAUUUAAAUUCAGUCUUAGUUCAAGCUACACCAUUCAGCCACCACAUUAAAACUUUGGUUUAAAUGUUGUUAAUCAUGUUGGGUGUAUAAUUGGCUGGUACAAUGUGUUUUUUUUUUUUUCAUUUUAAAGUAGAAAUGUAAAAUACCUGCCUAUAUAAUUUUAGUCAAUAUGACAUUUCUUUCAUCUCCAGGAGAGCCCACAGUGGAGUUUUUAGAUGUGAUUUUUGCACUGUUUUAUUUUCUAAAGUGUAAUUUUAUGUUACUUGGGUCAUUGUGUAUAUUUGAGUUUUUAUGGAUGUAUUUGGAGUUUUAAUAAAAAACAAAGAGCUAUG